AUGUUUUUUCCGUUGUUGCAGUGUUGCGACGCUUGGGCAGGGUGGCCGCUCAGCCACGGUCGGCGUGGCGUACUAACUCAUCUGGUGGCGCCAAUCGGUUGCUGCUCAGGCGGCGCACCGCCGUCUGACGCGUACCUGUCGCUGGACGUGGCCAGUGCCGGACUGACGGUGAACUGGGUGGGGGCGGGCGCCCGGCUACGGAGCCGACUGUCCACCGAUACCGCGGCCAUGCUUGCCGGUGACCUGCAACAGCUGAGCGCUACGCUCAAACACCUGGUGGCCGUGGUCGACAGGUCGGUUCACAGGGUACCGCUCGACCGGAUACCGUACCCGUGCUACGGAUGCCAAGACCGGACGUGCCAGCCGCCGACAAGACGUUCGCAUCAGACAUUUGCCGCUGACAACGACGACCGCACAAAGGCCACCGUACAGCAGCAAAGCAACGGCGGAAGCGUGUUCGACGACUCCGACAACUCUAUACCACACAUCGACUCCGACCCUGAGGACUCGUCGACCCAAGACAGAUCCGACCCGGCGGUCGACAACGACGGUAAGUUUCAGACUACAGUUUUUACUUUUAUUUUUAUUUUCUGA